AUGGGUAUUUUGGAUUGCUUCAAACUUUGUUCACCUCUGAUCGAAACAGCUGCGAGUACUACGUAUGAAGUUCAUCGCCAAAAAAGAACCACAUGUAACAUUUACAUCGAUGGAUUAAGCGUCUGGUUUCUCGGAUAUACAAACGGUGCGCCUAACAUAGCGAAUGCUCAUCAAAAGCUCAUUGAUAUAUUGCAUCAUAUCAGAAGCGGAGAUUACUUUACUAUAAAUUCGAUAACUAUCUAUUUCAAUGGAGAAUAUCCAGCUUUGAGAGGUAAACCUAUCUCUCAGCGUGUAAACUCUUGGGAAGUUCGUAAAUGGUGUAGUGAACUUCUUGAUGACGGAACUAUUAACAAUGUUAAAUUUUUGGAUGUCGGCGAAGCAGAGAGCGAGUGUUUUUUCGAACGCGAUAAGAGAUUUGCUUCCAUGAUUGUUACAAAAGAUUCAGAUAUAGUGCCUAUCUGUUACAAGUAUAAUCGUAGGACGAGUAAUGAUACUGUUUUUUGCUAUUUAACCCACCGUGAAAUUUUCUACGAUACAAAUUUUUUGACUACCAAGUUAAAUAAGUGCGCGUUUACAUUGUUAGUAUCAUUACGGAGUAAUGAUUUCAUUGAGCCAAUAUUUUCAUUUACGAUGGUUAAAAUAAUAUUCGAUUUGUUAUUGAACAAUAUCUCAUUAUAUAAUAAUCAUUUCAAACUAAUCAACUCAAUUAUACGCGAAACUAACGAAGAUAAUAUCAAAAAAUGUAUUGUGUAUUUUAUUUGGAUCAUGGUUGAUGCUAAACAACGUUCACUUGGUAAUUUUAAAUGGCCACCAAUUAGAACUGAAAUGGAGACGGAGAAUUACCUUGAAGUACUUGAUUGGUCGAUAAUGUAUUCGAAAUUCGGCAAAAAUAUUAACAAUUACAAUGAAAAUUUUAGAAUGGCUUGUAAUAAUAUGAGUAAAUUUUAUUUUAUUUUAAGUUUGUGCAAAAGUGUUUUUCCUAUUUUCCGAGAAUACGCUGUAAAUAACUUUCAAGAUAUCGAAAACAUUAUGGGGGAUAUUGAAUUGUAA